UGGGAUUGGUUGCUAAUUACUCCGUUGAUCCGCAUGCAUGGACGAGGGUUGAAGGCGCUUGAUGGAGCUUUGCCUGCCUGGGGAUGAAAUUCCCCUGAACGGCCUGGAGCCAGGCAGGCGUGGCGGAGGAGCAUCUCGGGCAAAAGUGGAUCGAAUUGGGAAAGCUGUGCAGCUUUGGGCGUUGGAGUCCCUUCCACAGUGGCAACAACCAUGAGAGUGUUUGAGCCAGGCAGCGGAGUUGCUGUUGAUUCAGAUAGCGGACGCGCUUUUGCAACGACAGCUGGUGUGCUGAGGACUGAGGAUGAAGUCAGAGUGGAAAACUUGAGGAAACGCUAUGUCCCGCGGCAGGGCGAUUGUGUGGUUGGCAUUGUCAUGGGGCGGAACGCAGACUUCUUCAAGGUGGAUAUACGUGCACCUUCUCCGGCUUUCCUGCCGACACUGGCGUGGAAUGGCGCAACCAAAAGAAAUCGACCUGUCCUGGAGAUUGGGACAUUGGUGUAUGCACGAGUCGAGGCUGCGCAUCCAGACCUUGACACCGAGCUUUCUUGCGUGGACCCUGACACGAAGAAGUCAUGGAACACUGGGGAGGUUCUGCUUGGGGAGCUGAAAGGCGGCUUAAGCUUUGAGGUGGCUCUUAGUGCUGCGCAAAGGCUUCUAGAUGUAGAUUGCUUCAUCCUUGAUCGGCUUGGCAAGGACUUUGCCUAUGAGCUGUGCGUGGGUCAGAACGGCCGUGUUUGGCUGUCAGCCCCGACUGCCCGAGAGACGGUGCUGCUGUUGCAGGCAAUCAGGAGAAGCUUUGGAAUGAGCAAUGUUCAGAUCGAGGCGAUGGUGGGCAAGAUGGUUGGGCUCUUUUCCUGAUCCUUCAGAAGAGAGUUGGAGCAAAUAGAAGUAGAAGCCAUCAGAUGCCACGCUGUCUGAGCCUGGUGCGGGUGGGAACAAAA